AUGGCUCCCGAAAAGAAGAGUGGUGAGAAAAAGAAGGGUUGUUCGGCCACCAACAAGGUAGCAAAGAGAGAAUACACAAUCAGCAUUCACCAGCAGAUCCACGGAGUGGCUUUCAGAAAGCACACUCCUCGGUCACUCAAAGAGAUGCGGAAAUUUGCCGUGAAGGAGAUGGAAACUCCAGAUGUGCGCAUUGUCAUCAGGCUCCACAAAGCUGUCUGGGCCAAAGGAAGAAGGAAUGUCCCAUACCGUGUCUGUGUGAGGGCGUUCAGAAAACGUCAUGAGGAAAAGGAUUCACCGAACUCUCUAUGUUGGUCACCUGCAUAUCUGUCACCACUUUAA